UAUUCUCCCUCACAACCAACACAUGUAUUUCAUAGUAAACACAAACGGACGGGAAUUAAGGAUAAGAAGAAAAAUAGGUCUAAAACCCCUAUUAAAGAAGGAAGAAGAAGUAGAUAAGAAAAAAAAAGGAGAUUUGAGAGGAAAAAAAUAUAGUUGAAAACCCUGAGAAAGAAGAACGGAGUUACUGUUGAUACCGUCAUGGGGAAAAACAGGUUACAUACAAAGCAGCCAAUCAAAUCGGGCAACCCCAUCUACAAGAGAGCGGGAGCACUUCCAGGCAAAGCCAAAGCAAAAACGAAGCCAGUCAAAACGAACCUCCGCGAAUUAAAGAUAAAGAACGAAGAAGCCAUAAAGUCGUUGGACAAGAAAGUGGACUCCUUCCGCCAAGCUGUGAGCGACAGCCAAAAGAAGCCUAAGGAGGAACGGCCACCAAGACCCACAGCAGAAGACCCACCAGAAGUGAAUAUGGAAGAAGCAGCCGAGGAAUUGUCAAAAUUGUGACGGGAAAUUAGUCAGCUGUUUAUUUUCCUCAUAAGUCGCCCUAAGAUACAGAAUAUAUCAUAGGAGUUAU